AUGCCCAAGACAUAUAGCCAGUACCACCACGGCACCAGUCCCAAUCCCUCGCAUUCACGACAACGCUCGUGGGGCACUCCGGCUGCUCAUACCCCAUCGAGCAAAAGAGUAUGGGUCCGUAAAGAAGACGGUCCUCCAACAACCCUCAUGAUGGGUCCCCAUGAUUUGGUAGAUGACCUAAAAUUGGCCAUAACUUAUAAGUAUCCGACAACGCUAGCUCGGCAGUUCGAUCCUGCAGACCUACUGAUUCAACUAAAAAUUCCCGAUGAGCCCGUCAAGAAACAUAAGCCGAAGCAAAGUCUGCUUAAUCGCCUAGUGCUGGAGCAGGAGGACCUGUACAACGCUCCUGUGAGCCGCCUGCCCUCUCUACCAGCAACAAGCUCGUUUGAAUCCCCAUUUGUCACCUUGGAGCCUGACCAGAACGUGUGGGAUAUACUAGACGAAUACUUUGGAGGCAAGAUGUCGAUGGCAGAUGCCCUCCUUGUAGUGGCCAGCCACCGACACGCGCUGAUGCCUUCCUAUGCGUUCGAGGGCUUCCCUGAGAGAACUAACCUGCGGCCAUUAGAGUUUGGAAGUGCUCCGAACCAUCAAAGAGCAAGCUAUACCGAUUUGCCCAACCACCCAACUAAUAACUUGCCCUUGAGAGGGGCCUCCCCGAGUCUAGCGGGGACCUAUCAUCAUCCAAAGCCUCAACAUGCGUACCAGAUGAACCCAAAUCCAAUUACGAAAAACUCGUCGGUGUCGCCUUCGCUAACGCACCGUCUAUCUCCUAUCAACGGCGCCAUUAAUGUCCACAAACGCUCACACUCGAAUCCGCCCCAGCUGCCUUCAAUGACGAGUAUCAAUCAAAUAACGAAAAACAACGGCCAGGCCGUGUUGCUUCUACCGAAGAACUUCACUUUGGGCGAGCAAAAUCACUUGAAACGAUACUCGUUGGACGAUAGCAUGAUGAACAAAAGCUACUCGAAUGCUUCCAAGGACUCCGGCAAUGUCACUAGUAUAGGAGUGCCCCAGGACUCAGAGCUUUCAAACGAUGAAGAGAAACCCAAUACUGGCCAACGGAAAACUAGCCAUGAGCUCACCAGAACCACAAGUGGUACCAAUAACGGCAGCAGGUCCACUGAUCGUUUGCUGGAAACCAAAUCUCUGCGAUCAGUCGAAGAGAAGAGCAAAAGCAGCAGUAACAACAUUUCUAACGGCAGUAGCGGCGCUGGCGCCCUUAGUAAGGAUUCGAGUUCUCACAGUGACUUGUCUCCUGCUGACAUGAGAGAAGCCAAACCCACAUCAACAUUUGAACGAGUACUUCCUUCCCUUUCGGUAUUGGUGGUUGAAGAUAAUGCCAUUAAUCAAGCGAUUUUGGGAGCAUUUUUGAGAAAACACAAAAUUCGGUACCAAAUUGCCAAGAAUGGGCAAGAGGCUGUGGAUAAAUGGAGGAAAGGGGGAUUCCAUCUUGUUCUCAUGGAUAUUCAGCUUCCAGUGAAGUCCGGAAUCGAGGCUACAAAAGAAAUUCGCUAUUUGGAGAAGGUUAAUAGAAUUGGUGUAUUUGCCCAGCAUGAGCUUUCAAAGCUGAAUGGAGAAGCCAGCAUUAAAGACGACGAGAAGCUCGAUCUCAAAGUCUUCCGUUCUCCGGUGAUCAUCGUGGCGCUUACAGCUUCUUCGAACUCCUCAGUGGACAAGAAGAAUGCGUUGACCGCCGGAUGUAACGAUUUCUUGACCAAACCGGUCAAUUUGGUUUGGUUGCAAAAUAAAAUCACCGAAUGGGGGUGCAUGCAAGCGCUAAUUGACUACGACGGUUGGAAAGUUAAAAGGUCAGCCAAGGGGGAGCCACCCAAAGUGGCUGUAAAGUCAUUGCCCCAUCAUAAGCAUAUUGAGAAGGAAAAACCUCUCACGGCGUAA